GCGGAGCUGAUGAUGUCCCAGACCGACGUCAACAACGCGUUCGACCGCAUCCAGCUCCCCCCCGGCAUGAACGACUACUUCAUCCUGCCCAGCAUCGACGCCAAGUGGAUCACCGAGGCCGCUCCUGAUCUGGCCCCUGGCCUCCCCGCGGGCAUCCGCAUCUCCCCGCGCAUGGAGGUGCUGCCCAUGGGGUUCAACUGGGCGUUAUUCUCCUGCCAGGAGAUGGUCCGCAACGCCGCGGAGGACGCUGGCUUCGCUGACGGACGGAUGUUCCUGGACAGCCACUCGGCCCCCGACAUCACCGCCGAGCCAGGCGCCGCCGUGUGCGUCGACGGCGUGGCCGCGGUGGGGGCGGACCUGGAGGCGGUCGAGGCCGGCGGAGUCGCCGUGGCCAAGCAGCUGGAGGAGCGCGGCCUCCAGGUCAAGGGGGUCGAAGGCCCCUCGGACUCCCAGACCUUCGCGGGGAUGGUGUUCGAUCGGACCUCCGGCCGCAUCUCGCUCAGCCGCGAGAGGAUCUGGAGGCUGCGCGCGGCCCUGCUGUUUGCUGCGGACCAGCGCUACUUGACUGGGCGCCAGAUGCGGCGCCUGGUCGGCCACUACACGUGGAGCGCGACUCUGCGGCGUGAGCUCCUCGGCGUCUUCAGCGUCUACGCCUGGGCGGAGAAGGCGGGCGACGGGAGGUGGCGCCUGUGGCCUUCGGCCGAACGGGAGAUCCGACAGGCCGCCGCCCUCGUGGCCUUCGCCUUCGCGGCGCCGGGCGCCGGGCUGGACGACGCCGGCGGCGGCGUGGUCACGCAGGAGUGGCCCGUGGAGAAGGUCCGGCGCUGCCGUGGGCACGCCGAGAAGUGGCACUACGGGGCGCAGGGGCUCGUCGCGGCCAGGGCGGCCGCGCUGGGCAGCCCCGCCGACCCCAGCUCGCCUCGCCCGACGGCGGAGAGCGGCGAGAGGACCACAGACUUCGAGAGCAUGACGCGGGACGACAUCGGGGCCUUCGAGAACUGGAAGCUGGCGUGCCGGGGCAUAUGGGCCCGGGCCGAGGGCGUCCUGAGGGUCGUGGUGAGAUGGGUCGCCUCAGAGUUGAAUCCAUCCGACCGCGCGUCCCGACUCCCGGGCUCAGCCAUCUCGCUGGGCGGGGGCGGGCCUCGCGCGGCGGGGGGCGAUGUUGCGCCGUCCGAGGCCGUGCUCGCCAGCCGCUUCGAUGCCGAGCUGGAGAGCGCGGCCCGCAGCCUUGGGCCCGCCUUUGGCGGGGACGCCUGCGGCCGCCCCCUCGCCGGCCUGGGGGGCCAGCUCGCUGCUGAGGAGGCCGGGCUCGGCGCUGCCGCCGCGGAGGCCGGCGAGCUCAGCGACGGCUCCUCCAGUUCGGGGGAGAGCUGGCCAGCCGGCCCUAGCGGCAGCGACGGCCAGGCGCCGCUGCGCACGGGGCGGGCCGACUGCGGCACGAUCGCGCGGGAGAUCGCCGAGGCCCGGCGCCGCGGCUUCACCGGCCUCCAGAUGGCCAAGAUAGGGCCUCGCUCCCGCGCUCAGUACCAGAAGUUCCACCAGGCCUUCCUGGAGUGGAGCAGCCAGGAGGGUCAGCCACUGGACACCGACCUCCAGAUCGACCGGGCCCUCAGCAGGUACAUGGACUACCUGUACUACGAGGGCUUCAACGUGGACGCGGGCGAGAAGGUGAUGGCGGCUGUGGCCUUCCACGGCCCAGUGGAGGGCAUGGAGCUUCCAGGAGCUCGCCGGGCGCUGGCGGGGUUCCGGCGCCGGGCGAGCGCGAGGACCCGCAGCCCCCUGCCACUGGCGGGCGCCAUGGCCAUCGUGGGUGCAGCGGCAGCCGACGGCCAGCUCCCCUUUGCCUUGGGGCUGGUGCUGGCGUGGGAGGCCUACCUCAGGCUGCCGCCCGACCUCGUGAGCACGGUGGGCACCUCUCUGGUCAGGCCAGCCGCCCGGAGCCCCCAGGCGUGCUGGGGGCUGCUCCUGUUUCCUCAGGAGGGGGAGGCGCGCAGCAAGAUGGGACACUACGACGAGGGGAUCAUGCUGGACGGCCAGUUCGGAUCCACGCUAGCGCCUUUCCUUCGCCGGCUCAAGGCCCAGACCGCCGACGCCGGCCCGCUGUGGUCCUUCUCGAGCGCCACCUUCAGGCGCCUGUUCAACGAGUACGCCGCGAAGGUCAGCCUCGGAGGCAGCCUGAAGGAGAUCCAGGAGCGACUCCGCCACCUGUGCGAGUCCAGCACCCGUCGGUACAAGAAGGGGGCCAGGUACCUGGCCGAGGUCAACAGCCUCGACAGCCGGGCCCGAGCCUACGGCGAGCAGGUCCUCAGGCAGCUCGACGGGGCGGUGGAGCGGGCCUCGGACACCAAGGUGAUCCGCCACCUCCGUCAGGGGCUCGCCCGGGCCAGCAGGCGGGGCCGGCGCCGUGGGCAGGUGUUCCUUGACUUGUUCUGCGGUGCCAGCGGCGUCGCCAAGGCCCUCGAGCGCCACGGCGACAACGGCUGCCUCCAGAUCGACAUGGAGGCCGACGUAGCCUUCGACCUCACCCGCCGCUCGGCCCAGCAGCUCAUCUUGGGCUGGAUGGCCGGCAG